GGAUCUACCGCACAGAAAAAGACAAAGGCACAUUGUAUGAGCUGACUUUCAAAGGAGAUUCAAAACAUCAGUUCAAGAAGAUUGUUUUAUUCCGGCCAUUUGGUCCUGUGAUGAAAGUGAAAAAUGAAAAUGUCAAUAUAGCUGACACACUUAUUAAUGUCAUUGUGCCAUUGGCCAAGAGAGCCAGCAAAUUUCGCCAAUUCAUGCAGAAUUUCAGGUGAGUUUCCAUUCCACAGUACAAGCAAUUACAUUCCACCAUCGUUUACUUUGGAAAAGAGCAAAUGAAUGAAGUCAAAUCGAUACUUGAAAAUACCUCCAAGUCAGCUAACUUCAAGAACUUCACCUUCAUCCAUCUGAAUGAAGAAUUUUCCAGGGGCAAAGGAUUAGACGUUGGUGCUCGACUCUGGAAAGGAAACAAUGUUGUUCUCUUUUUUUGUGAUGUGGAUAUAUAUUUCACAGCUGAAUUCCUAAACUCCUGCAGAUUGAACACACAGCCAGGGAAAAAGGUGUUUUAUCCUGUUCUCUUCAGCCAGUAUAACCCCAGUAUAAUUUAUGGCCACCAUGAUUCCAUCCCAUCUUUGGAACAGCAGCUGGUCAUUAAAAAAGAAACCGGAUUUUGGAGAGACUUUGGUUUUGGGAUGACUUGCCAGUACAGAUCUGAUUUUAUUAACAUAGGUGGCUUUGAUCUGGACAUUAAGGGCUGGGGUGGUGAAGAUGUACAUCUGUACCGCAAGUACCUUCACAGCAACCUCAUCGUGAUCCGCACGCCUGUCAGGGGCCUCUUCCACCUGUGGCACGAAAAGCAAUGUCUGGACGAGCUGACCCCAGAGCAGUACAAAAUGUGCAUGCAGUCCAAGGCCAUGAACGAGGCCUCUCAUGGCCAGCUUGGGAUGCUUGUUUUCAAGCAAGAGAUUGAGACACACCUUCACAGGCAGAAACUGCACAGUAAGAAGACAUGA